AUGCGUGACGCCCUGCUCACCAAAUACUUCCAUCAUGGGCGUAGCAUGACUGACCACGACGCGCUGCUCUCAGCGGCAGAGGUGGCCGGGUUGGACCUGGCCAGGGCUAAGGCUGUGCUAGCCAGCGACGCGCACAAGGAUGAGGUUCUAGACCGUCAUGCUCAGGCCAAGGCCUCGGGGAUCUCCGCUGUGCCCGUGUACCGAAUCAACGGCGAGAUCAUUCCGGCGGCAGCGAUGCCGAAUUCUUGA